CUCUGAAACAGUCUCCCAGUCUGUCAUUUGACCAGGCAGUUCACAGAGGGGAGAGCUCAGCUCCAAAAAGAAAACCGAGGGGAAAAAAAGAGAGACAGAAAGAAGGGCAGCACAUCCAAUAUAACGAUAAGCUCGCUGGAAUGUUUCCUUGGCUGAUUAUCACCAUCUGAAACCCCCCCUCCCAGUGAGCUUGGAUUCCCUUCUUGGCUGCUGCUGCUUUUGUGGACUCUUUCUCCUCCUCUCGGUCUGGAUGUGGACUUUAAGUCUGUCGGCGGUCAACUGAGGAGGAAGCGUGACCGACGACUUUGUGGAUUUACACUUCGAAGGAGUCAACCAUCUACGCGUGAGGCUGCGAGAGCGAGACUUGAGAGACAGGAGGGAGAAGGGGGGAGGGGGGAGAGAGAGAGAAAGAUAGUGUGCCGGGCCAUGCCCACCUCUGCUCAUGGUUCAGCAGCAUGAAAGGGGGCCACCAUCACCAUCGCCACCACCGAGGCUGCGGCUGCCAACACUUGUUCCGAAAAGUCCUCGUCAAGUGUGGCUGCUGCUAUGCCCGAGUCAGAGCAGCAGGCCAAAAGAAUCACAACAGCAGCAGGCGGCAUUAUGUUGCUGCAACACGGCCAAAGGUCACACAAAACUCAAGACAACCCAAGACUCAUACUCAGCAGCAGGCAGUGAGGGCAGCAUCUCCACCUCCGUGGCGUCGCUCCCCCCGCAGGCAUCGGGCAGCUCGGCUCCGAGCUCCCCGGGCUCCAGGCGCUCCGUGAGCACGCUGAAGAAGUGGCUCACCAACCCCGUCCGCAAACUCAGCGUGGGGGCCAAAGGGGAGCGCGAGGUCCGCAAACUGGAAGGAAAGCCUCCGCCUCCUCCGCCGCACAGCCACAGCCAGGACCUGGGCAGCCCCCCGAGACUUGAUGAGACCUUCAUCAUCCUGCCUGUCACCCAUAGAGAACUAGAGUGGAAAGAUGGCCUGGCGAGCCCAGAAGACCUGUCCCCGGCUACACUGCAGUCCCCCGGCUGCAUAACUGACUCGCUGAUUGGCUGCACGUCACUGCCGAACACUCAGGACACUCAGUCCACCAGUGUUUUGCCAGAUGACAGCAGCUCCGUCUUGAUGGACGACACCUCCAGCCAAUGGUCAGCUGUGGCUGACACUGAGGAGGAGAGGAGGAGCGCCUUAGAGAAAAGCAUGUAUGUACUGCAGGAGCUUAUUGAGACAGAGAAGCACUAUGUGGUGGACUUGGGGCUCAUAGUGGAGGGCUACAUGUCCACAAUGCACUCCAAAGGUAUACCGGAGGACAUGAAGGGAAAAGACAAGAUUGUUUUUGGAAACAUUCACCAGAUAUUUGACUGGCAUAAAGACUACUUCUUUGGAGAGGUGGAGAAGUGUAUAGCAGAGCCUGAGAGGCUGGCUCAGCUCUUCAUUAAACAUGAGAGGCGUCUGCAUAUGUAUGUUGUGUACUGUCAGAACAAGCCCAAGUCGGAACAUAUCGUAUCGGAGUAUAUUGAGACUUACUUUGAGGAGUUGCGCCAGCAGCUGGGCCACCGGCUGCAGCUCAACGACCUGCUCAUCAAACCUGUCCAGAGGAUCAUGAAGUACCAGCUGCUGCUCAAGGACUUCCUGAAGUAUUACACCAAAGCUGGGAUGGACACAGAGGAGCUGGAGAAAGCGGUAGAAGUGAUGUGCUUUGUGCCAAAGCGUUGCAAUGACAUGAUGAAUGUGGGCAGACUGCAAGGCUUCGAGGGGAAGAUCACAGCCCAGGGCAAACUGCUCCAGCAAGACACCUUCACUGUGACCGAGCAGGACAGCGGGUUCUUGUCCCGAGCCAAGGAACGGCGGAUCUUCCUGUUCGAACAGCUGGUCAUCUUCAGCGAGCCCAUAGACAGGAAGAAGGGUUUCUCACUCCCCGGAUACAUCUUUAAGAACAGCAUCAAGGUGAGCUGCCUGGGGGUGGAGCCCAGUGUGGACGGUGACGACGCCCGCUUUGUGCUGACAGCGCGCAACCCCGAUGCAAGCGUGGUGCGCUUCCUGUUGCAGGCCUCCUCCCCCGAGAUCUGCAGGGCCUGGUUCAAUGACGUGGUUCAGAUCUUGGAGAGCCAGCGCAACUUCCUCAAUGCCUUACAGUCACCUAUUGAGUACCAGCGACGAGAGAGCAAGUCUAAUAGCCUGGGCCGCAGCAUGAGGCCUCCUUUGUCUGCCGCCAGCGCCCUGCGGCCGCACUCUUCUGCCUCCAUUGACCGGCAUAAGCUGCCCUCCCUCCACUCUCACAACACCUCCCUGCCCACACUCUACCUGCCCAGCCAGGGCCAGGGCCAAGGAGCCAGCGAGGCAUUCUCCCUGCAGGAACCCACUGUGGUCCAGCCAUGCCGCGCCGACCCCUGCACUGUUUCUCCGUCGCACGUCCAACUGGGAUUCACUGAUCAACCAAACUGUCCGGCUGUGUCAAACGGGCUGUACACACAUACCACACAAAUUGCACAGCAGAGAGCAGGAGAGGGCUGCCGAAGGGGUCAGGCCGCUGAUGGCGGCAGCCAGCCUUCGCUUUCGGGCCCCUCAGCUGGACGGCGCCCCAGCAUUCUGGCACAGCUGGCUGAGGACGACCUUUGAACUGCCGGCUGUCUCCAGGGUCAGCAGGGUAGCAGCUAACGCCGCAGCUGCGGAGGCGAGAAGACUUGCUGAACCCUUACCUGGUUCCGUGAUUAUUUCUGGAGGAUACUUAGGGAACAUAUGAAGGAAUUAUGGGCUGCAACUUUAAAUAGGUUUGGCUCCUGUUGUUAGAGAGCCAAUCAAUGAGAGGGGACCAAACGUCGGCCACCUCGAAUGUACAUGUACAGCACCCAGUGAGAUGUUUCUGGGUUCAGAGUGGAAAAACUCCAAAGGACGCACAGCGCUUUUUAUCUUUUUGAGAGUUUGUUCACCAUACUCUCUUUUAAAGUGCAAGGGGAAUUUGUUGAUGAAAUAUCCAUUCCUAAUUGGGGCGGUCACUGGAGUUACUUGUCUGACUGAAUGUAUCUUUGUGCAAAGAUGGGUGAAUGUUUGAGUGCAUGAGAGUGUGAGAGUAGUGGCCGUGGCACCUCCUGCAUCCUCUGGUAAAUUUCCGUGACGCGUUUUUUUUUUUUUUCUUCUCAUUUCCAAUUGUGAAGACAGUACAUUUUGUCAUUCCCCUGCUGACAACUGAGUUUGCUGUUUGUGUCGACAAGAAUGGAAGAGGCAGAACACUUGAUGUGAAAAAAGCCACCAGGACUUUGCCCACUUGAAUUUCCAAUGAAAGUGAAGCUUUCUUUCUUGCCAUGGUGUUGGGAGCCCCUGUGUGCUUUCUUAUUCUGUUUGACCGGCCCCUGUUUGAUCUGGACAACAAAAAAAAAGCAGGUGUGAGGGAGCCCCCUGGAGGUUCUCUCUGAGUAUGACGUCACUUCUGAAUACUUUUGCUCUUUGGGCAACUCCAGAGGAGUUGAGUGAUGCAGUAGUUGGAUUCAAAGGGACCGCUGUGCUGCAAGUGUUGCAUGCAACAUCUAGCGUUUGACUUUAUUUACAGGCCGAAGAGUGCUUUGGGUUUUGGGGGGCAAAUGUCUUUAAAAGUGUAUUGGUUUAAAAUAAUACGAAUAUUUUUUUGUAGUUCACUGUUGUCAUAUCAUGGCUGCGCACCAUUUCUAUAAUCGCUGUUAGCUUUUGCCCUGAUGGACUCAAUACAGGACACAUACGCAUACGAGUGUGGCCCAGUUAUGCCGAUGGGUUUCAGCAUCUUGGUUUGGGUUAGAAUGAAGGAUGACGUGUUGCUUGACAAAGAGUGAAGCUGGUGAAUCUGCAUGCUCUUCCUCGGACAACAGUGCCAAAAAAAACUUUAUGGCCCUUACUUAUUUUUAUUUUGUCACAGAUUUUUGAACAGUGAUAAAGAGGGCAGUGUAGAAGACGGCGAAGGCUGUGAACAUCAGUUCAGUUCCUGCGAUGCGGCCAGUAGAGGUCCCCACAAUACUUAAUAAUACCACCUUCCGUUCAGUUGGAUCGUACAGCUGCACCAAAGAUCUAUGGGCCACAUAUUUUUAAUAAUCUGACCGAAGCACCAUUAAUUACACAAAAGGCGCCGUCUCACAGAAUCCAACUGCAGUCGACGUGAUGAGGUUUCAUGGGAACUACUCGUCAGAUAGUGUUUCGUUUAAUGCAAAAUAUUGCCACUUCAGAGAAUCCCAAGCAAGGACACAAGAGAGUUAGUUAAUGCUAUGUCAGCUGAGUAGAAACUGUUGUAUAAUAUCAAAUAAAAAGUGUCUUUUUGAA